UCAACACUGGCUAUCAGUCCACUGGCCAUUACUGAUGCUGGCCAGUACAACUGUGAGGUCAUUGCCUACUCAUCAUCUCCAUACAUCAUAGCCAGUGAGCCAGGAGUAAGUCCACGGCUUAACCUGACAGUCCAAAGUGUGGAGCAGAACAUGAAUGACACUGCUACCACCACACCUGACUCUGGUUCUGCUGUUUUCAGUCUCAGUCCUCCGGCUAUUGCUGCAACAGUAGUAGCAACAAUUAUCACUUUUGUAACCAUUGUUACUAUGUCUCUGUUAGUAAGAAACCACAGGAGGAAAUCUUCCACGAGCAAGAAACGUGAAACAGUGAAAAUGGAAGUCUCGAAAAAUGAGGCGUAUGGGAUGGUGGAGCAAAGUGGAAAAGGAGCUUAUACUGCAGGGACACUUCCUGAUUAUGUCAAUGAUGUUUAUGAUGUUGUGGCUGAGCCAGUAACAACACUGACUAUCGCUCAGACCAAGACAGGGCAGGAGGGA